CCCGCACACGCUUGUUGCCUCACAUUGCAAGUUGCGAUAACAUGGGUGUGCUCAGCGUUGUGGGCUGGACCAUCGGUGCCGUGGCGACCGUGGCGUCGCUAGUCGUGAUCGGCUACAUGGCGGCGGAACAGCGCAUGGACGCCAUCCGCAAGUUCGGCAUGGUCAUCCACGAGUUCGAUCCGUGGUUCAACUUCCGCGCAGCUGUGUAUUUGGCCGACAACGGGUACGAGCGCUUCUUCAAGUGGUAUGACUACAUGUCGUGGUACCCCCUUGGUCGCCCUGUGGGCACCACCAUCUACCCCGGCAUGCAGAUCGUGUCCGUGACGGCGUGGGAACUCCUGAACAAGGCGGGCAUUGAGAUCUCGCUCAACGACGUGUGCUGCCUCACCCCCGUGUGGGGUGGGGUCUUUGCCACGUUGACGCUGACCGCGUUGACCUACGUAUGCACUGGUCGCAUCACGGCGGGCCUGGUCGGCGGCUGGGUCAUGUCCAUCCUCCCCGCGCACUUGAUGCGGUCCGUGGGCGGCGGAUACGACAACGAAUCCGUUGCCGUGUCGUGUCUUCUGCUGACGUUUUUGCUGUGGUGCGUCUCCCUCCACUCGUCCGACGACUCGAAGGGCAACUACUUUGGCAUUUUGACGGGUCUGGCAUACAUUGCGAUGGCGGCGACCUGGGGCGGGUACAUCUACGUGUUAAACAUGAUCGGCCUGCACGCGUUCGUGCUGGUUCUCCUCGGGCGCUACUCGAACAAGCUGUACUGGGCCUACUCGCUCUGGUACGUCAUCGGCACCUUUGGCGCCAUGCAAGUACCUGUGAUCGGCAAAGCACCGCUUCGUUCCCUCGAACAAAUGGCGCCGCUGCUCGUGUUCUUUGGCCUGCAAGGACUCAAGAUCGCCCACCACCCGUGGUUCCUCAAGAAGGUGUUCAACAUCGACGCCUCGAAAGCCACCCGCGCCAACAUGUUUCUCGUGUACAGCGUCGUGGCCGGCUUUGGCCUCGCGAUCCUCGCCGUCGUGUUCCAGCUGCUGUGGCCGACGGGGUACUUUGGCCCGCUGUCGUCGCGCAUCCGCGGCUUGUUUGUCCAGCACACGCGCACUGGCAACCCCCUCGUCGACUCUGUGGCCGAGCACCAGCCGGUCAAGCACGACGCGUUCUGGCAGUUCCUGCAUCUGACGUGCUACACGGCGCCAGUCGGCCUCGCGAUUGUCGUAGCCCAGAGCAUCUUCAAGCCGCUGGUGACGGGCAAGGACGCGCGUUCUGACGCGCUCUCGUUCCUCGUCGUGUACUCUGGUGUGACGUACUUCUUCUCGACCAAGAUGAACCGGCUCAUGCUGCUCAUGGCCGGCCCCGCGUCCAUCGCCACAGGCGUCAUCGGCGGCUACGCCGUGGACUUUGUAUUGUUCGAAACCGCCGAUCUCAUCCAUGCGAUUGUGCGCGGUGAAGCCGACGCCGACGCCGACGCCAGCAAACCCGCGGCGGACGAAGGUGCGAAGAAAGUUGCCAAGAAAGGCGACAAGAAGCCCAAGGCCAAAUCGCGUCUCGAGUCUGGCCCAGCCAAGCUCAUCCGCAAGGUAGCUGCCACCGUGUUGGUUGCCGUGUCGUACCAGUACGUGGUGCAGUUCUACGAGUACUCGCAGCAGAUGAAGGCGCCGCUAUCUGGCCCAUCUAUCACAUUUGAGGCGCAGCUGCGCAGUGGCGAGAAGAUCAUCGUCGACGAUUACCGCGAGGGGUACCUCUGGCUCCAGGACAACACUCCCCACGACGCCCGGGUCAUGGCGUGGUGGGAUUAUGGCUACCAGAUCACAGGCAUCGGCAACCGCACGACCAUCGCCGACGGAAACACAUGGAACCAUGAGCACAUUGCGCUGCUGGCGCGCUGCCUCACGUCCCCCGAGAAGCGCGCGCACGGCCUCAUCAAGCACCUGGCCGACUAUGUGCUCAUCUGGGCCGGCGGCGGAGGGGACGACCUCGCCAAGUCUCCGCACUUGGCGCGCAUCGGCAACAGUGUCUUUGAAGACAUUUGCCCAGGGGACCCUCUCUGCUCCAACUUUGGCUUUUACUCGCAAAACAACCCGACGCCCAUGAUGAAGAAGAGUCUGCUGUACCGACUCCAUCAGCACGGCAUCAACCCCCAGGUGAAAGUCGACGCGAACCGAUUCCGCCCCGUGUUUCAGUCUAAGUAUGGCCUCCUUCGCAUCUACAAGGUCGUUGGCGUGUCGGAAGAGUCGAAGCGGUGGAUCGAAGACCCGAAGAACCGCCUAUGCGAUGCCCCUGGCUCAUGGUACUGCACUGGGCAGUACCCGCCGGCGCUCGCAGAUACGCUGGCCAAGCGCAAGUCGUUCAAGCAGAUUGAAGAUUUUAACAUUGCUCAAGAUGAACAGUCGAAGAAGUAUCAUGAGGAGUACCAUAACCGCAUGGAAGGCAAGGGCGGGUCUGCCGCCGCCGCGCCGACCACCUCGUCGUCCGACACCGACGACGACGACGACGCGGCCAAGUUGCCGCCGACCAAACUCGUGGGCUGCUACGGUACCGAAAACAGCUUUGAAGGCAAGACGUACGUUGGCGGACAGUCGGGAGCGUACUUUGGCCAUGCUUUGCAUCAUGCGGUGGAAGCCAAUGCCAAGUACUUUGCCAUCGCCCGAAGCGACCGGGAUGGUCACUCGUUUGUGUUUAACAAGCUCAAGACCGGCGGCAAGUGGAAGGCCGGCAAGGAAGGAUGCGCGCGGCCGUGUCUGGACGACGGCGCCAAGGCGUGCGGGUGCAGCGACGACGCGUGCUUGGAGCCCAAAAUGGAUGGAGAAGAGCACAACCGCCGCUGGGUCGUGUACGAAGUGUUGAAGAAGUAAACGGCUAGUUUCUGUCAUAAAUUCCACUGAAAAUUUCCCAAUACUUUCCAGGGUUCAACGUGACCUCAUUGGUCAAUCCAAAAUCACUUGUCGCUGAUUGGCUACGACCUACUUUCGGUGCUCUAUGAGUAGUGGAUAUUCGCCAAUCAGGCGGUUCUUUUAAUAUAUUCUCUUGAG